AUGUUACCUAUUUUCAUUUUUUGUUGUUUCUUAUCUUUAACUGUUACUGCUAACUUGAAAUGUCAUUGUGAUACCAAUACGACUGUCGGUGCUUACUGUGAGGCAAAGGUGGGUUAAAAAUGUAAAAAAAUGUGAAAGACUGUGAAAAUAUGAACAUAAUAUCAUAUUAUUAUAUAUUAUAUACUUUAACAUUCAAAAUAGAGUAAAAACCAAAAAAAAAUUCUUAAGAUCUCAAAAGUUCUCGGACAAGACGUAAUGUUAAUCUCAAAAAUAUUGUCAAAAUUUACAUAAACAUACCAUACUUUACCUUAUCCUACGAAAAAGUUCGUAUUUUACAAUAAAUAUUUCCAGCACGACGCCAAAGGCGAAUUGCUUGUCUUUGACGAAUGUAAAUGUAAAAAUGGCUUUGAAAACAUUCAAAACAAAGUGGAAGAGCAAACAGUGACAGUGUAUUGCACCAAUGCAAAUACAUCUUCAGUCCGGUGUUUCUGCGACAAUAAAUCGGCAUUAAGUGUUGGCAAUCAUUGUCUGGCUAAUGUAAGCGCAAUAUUUUUCAAAUUAAAAGUGUUUCAGUUUAAAAUGAACUUUUCAAAAUUUUGAAAAAUUAAAAAAAAGUUUUUUUUCCCGCCUCCAAAAACCAGCUUAAAAUACCCGCCCAACACCAUAUUAAAUAGUAUAAAAAAGAUUGAGCUACUAAUAUAAGACAAAUUUUUAUAUGUUUAAAAGUCAGUCUAAGCCAGAAUUUAUAUUUUAAAACAUGUACUUACAGCUCAACCCCUCAGGCAUAAUAACAUACGAAUCAGGAUGUAAAUGCUCUCAUCCAUUAGCUACUCCAAGCAUUAUACCAGAAUUCUUUUACAGUAAAAUUAUGGUGGUUCAUUGUACGUGGAAUCGAAAAGAAGAUAUACAUUCAUCAGCGAACAAUAUGUUAGUUACUUCAGUUGCUUAUAUGACCAUUUUGCUAUUCUUAUUGUAGUAGGUCGUACUAUGUAGUUCACUGAGUAUUGGCAGCUUAUACCUUGUAAAUUUUUAAAAUUUAGUGUUGAUAAUCUUUUUUUUAUUGUUUGAUAUUGCUGUACUACUGUAGUAAAUAGUUUAUACCUUCAGACGGCGCUUUGAAUACGAUAAACAAAAGAUACGAAAUGUAAGAGCAGCUGAAGAUGAAAGUACCAGUACAGCUUCCAGUACUACUACUGAUUCUACUACUAGUCAUACAACAGGUAGUACAAGUUCAACGACAUCAAAUACUACCACAGUAUCUACAACACAUUCCAGUUCUACUACGAGUCAUACCACAGUCACAAAUACUACAACAAAACACACUACAGUAAGUAGUACUGUAACUGCUAGUUCAACCACACCAGCUAAUAGUACUGCUAGUACUACUGCUUUUGAAAGUACAACAUACGAAAGUACUACAACACCACAUAACACUACAGUAUCUACCACAACAGUUAAUACAACAUUGUCUACUGUAACAUCAACUCAUACAUCAACCCACACUUCUACAUUAAAUACUACUGUUUCUACAAUUACUACAACAUCCACAACAAAAUCAACAUCCAAUACUACCAAAGCUACAGCAGUAACGUCAGCAAACACAACUAAAACUACAGUAACCGCUACCGUAUCAGGUACGACAAGAAACACAACAGCAAAUGCUACUAAAGCUAGUACCGUAAUCACAACUACACCUUUAUGGUGGGCUGAGAAUGACACAACAGAUGAGAAUACAUUCGGAGUCUGUAACAUCUCAAAGUUCUCGGACAGUGACCACAAAACGGCCGAGAUCAUACUGUACAUUGGUUCGGGAUGGGUCGUGGUUUGGAUUUUCUUUACCAUACUCUACACUAUGAUUGCUGGGUAAGUGUAAUACAAAUUUGAAGUAACAGAAACUCAAAUUUUAAAUUAAAAAAAAAGAGAUUAUUAGCCUGAUCUUUAUCACGAUCUGAAUUGUACUUGUUAAUACAUAAAAAGUGGCAGAAGAUCUAUAUUGUAAUCCCUUUAAAAGUCAGUGUUAUAUUAGGUUGUUCAAAGAAUUCUGUGCCCCUAACCCCAAAAAGUUGCUUUGAGAUAGAACACAGAAUUAUUUUAAAAAACCUAAUAAAUUCAGUAGAUAGUAUUGAUACAACCUAAUAAAUGUAAUAAAAUUACUUUACAGAGUAACAGGUCAUCAUCGCUUCCUAGAUUUGUUUCAAGAACUUGUACUCAUCAUUAUAUUUGCUUUUAUGGGUGUUUUUACAAUGAAACCUGAUUGGGUACGUUGAUAUGAUUAUAGUGAAUAGAAAUAUUACAUUUGGUGAAACGACUAUAGUAACCUUAUAUACGAUGACAUGGUUAUACUGACCAUAGAUAUCAUAUUAUUUUUUUUAAGUAUGAUAUGUUACUAUGUUUUUUUAUAUUGAUAUUUAUGUUUAUAUUUUACAGAGUACGUGCACAGCAAACAAAGUAGUGUUACAGUUCUGUAUGAUGUGUAUUCUACUAUUGGCUAUGAUGCAGGCUUCAUUUUUGUCUAGGUAAGGGAACUUGAGUAUAGUUAUCGCAAGCGAACGUUCAAAGGACCCCCCCCUCAGCCCAAGAACUCAAAAAAAAAAUAACCCACCUUGUCAAAUUUUGAAAAACCUUUUUUUUCACCCCUCCCAGACCAACGGAGACAAUAUUCAAAUUUUUUGAUUUUUUAAUCUCUAUUUUUAAAUGUCUUUUCAAGAUAAUCUUCUUGACUGUUUACUUUAGCUUAAUCAAAGGGCGCAGCUCAAAAAACAGUCGAUUACCCGUUAUGGUUAAUUAUAUUUGGCCUCCGUUUUUCGCCGCCGUGGUCGCGGUUGUGGUGUAUUUCGCCUUCAAAAAGUAUUAUGACAACAAUGGAGUGCAGUAAGUGUUUUUACAGUGUAAUACAAAUACAUAUUUUCAAAAUUUGUAUGAUAAAAAUCCUGCCAAAGAUUUACCUAUUAAGUUUUUCACAUAAUUCUGUGCCCUCUCUCAAACAAAAUUUUCGAAGCUAGGGGCUCAUAAUUAUUUGAACAACCUAAUAUAAUAUCUUAACGUUUUCUUAAGUUAAACUGCAUCUACUGUAAUAUAACCCACACUUUCAGCUGCUUCUGUGAAAUCUAUGAAAAGCUUUACUGGGCCUACGCCUUCCCUGCGGCAAUCUUAUUCUUCCUCUCCCUGAUGAACAACCAGAUGGCAGUAACCGCAUGUCGUAUGACAAGACAGAACGUCGAUCGUGUCCAAUUAUACUGGGCACGAAGGUCUUGUCGUGGUAUGCCAAUCCUCAUCACCUGGUUCCUGUUCUGCUUCUUCUGCCUCUUAUUUGCAGUAGAUAUGCAGAGGGUAUGGUUAUUUGGUGUUUACCUCGGGCUGUGCAUCAUCUUUGGUCCCAUGAUCUUUGUUCUGCAUACCUAUUGUUAUGAGAAGAGCUGUAGACGGCUUUUUGAAACUACUGGAUUCACGUUUUAUAAACCUUGUCCUACGAAGAAAGGAGAUCCAAACCAUGUUGAACAAGUCAUCGAAAAGGUGGAUUUGAGGAAGAAAAAUGCUGUAAGUUUGUCAGAAAAGUAAAAAAGUAGUACUAUAUUACCCAGAUUAGGAAAACUAGAAAAUACAGCACAUGAUAUUAACAUUAAAAUCACGUAUAGACUAAACUUCGAUUAUCUAAACUGAACAACGAUAUUAUUUUAGCUAACCGACCCUCUGCCACCAAAGAAAAAGGAAGAAGAACCACCUCCAGUACCAGUUGAAGCAGCAGGAGUCCUAAUACCACCUUCAGAACUCGCUCCUCUUCCUUUAGGUGCACCAACAGUACCACAAGUACCAGUGUCGAAUGUCGCUGGACCUUCGGACUUGGCCACCAAUCCUACCUCAUCACAAGAGUUCUACAACUGGCUAACAGACAAGAACAACGUUCCAGGGCAAGCUGAGAAUGUGCUCUUCAAAAAGAAUGUAUAG